AUGCCCAAGUCCGCACACUCCAUUGAAUGCGCCACCGUGGAGGACCACGCCGCCAUGAAGAAGCAGUGGCAGACCAACCUAGAGAUCGACCUGCUAAAGAGCGCCUGGAUCCGCAAGGACCGCGAGCAGCACGGCGCACACGCGGCGCCCCCGCUCUCGGCCGCCAAAGGUUGCACACACACAGAGAAGACGACGGCCGCUGCCACAGGGGCGUCACAAUAUGAAGGGAAACGCGACGAGCAGUCGGAGGAAGAGUCAAAGGUUGAGGCAAGAAAUUCAUGCCUGCAGCGAGUUUUCCCUCGAUCGCUGCGUGGUUGUCCCCCGCACAGCAACUACCCGAGCAUCGUCGAUUAUUAG